UGGUGGGAAUGGAGUUCAACUUUUGUAGAAGAAAAGGGGAAUCCUGAGAAGACUACAAUAAUAUUCACAAAUGAGUAUAUGGAAACGCGUCUUAGUGGGAUUGCCGAGGGCGGUAAACCAAACGGAUCUCUCAAAUUACAUGGUGAUGACCUUGCAGCUGUAGUAGCUAAAGUUAAACCGAAUAAAUCGAACAAGAAGAUCGUCUUGGUUGGCUGGUCUUAUGGUUUCGAUGGUUUCUCAACUAUAGUUGACGCAUAUACAAAAUUUACUGACUAUCGCUCCGCUAAACCUCUUUCUGAUGAACUCUCAUCUUUUAUGCUCGGCCAAACUGUUCUCGUUUCUAACGAAUAUCGCAAAAAUAGUGUAAUUGAUUUAAGUAAUUUCUUUAGUAAACCUAAACAUUCCAACCUUAAAGCACAAGAUCGUAUUAUACCGUUGAACGAUAGUUGUUACGCAAGUCUCUCUAAAUAUAGAGGAAAAAUUGUUUACGAUUGUAGACACUCCACGGCGUGGGAAGUUGCAAAGACGUUUAAUUGGGACAUCUCGAAAUUCGUGUCCAAAGAAUAG